AUGACUUCGCCAUCGCAAAGUUCGAGCUUCCGGGCGGGCUGGCCGAGCGUGUCCCCUUCGCCUCCGCUGUCGCCCUCGUUGGCCUUCUACUCGGCCUCUGCCAGGUCGUGCAAGCGGUUCGACGAGGUCGGAGACGUCUAUUUGUCCAGUCGAGCGCAAGACGGCGAUGCUCGGGCGAUCUUGUCGGAUUCGUUCUUGAACGCAGCAGAGGAAGAGGCAAGGACGGAUCGCCGCCACACGAUCGAUACGGCACUUACAGCGACUAGGGGAGCUGCCAACAGAGCCAAGGGCGGGGCGCGGGAAAAGGAGGCGAACAAAGACAUGAUGCAGGCGGUGGUGGGGCGACGAGAAGGAGCAAAUGAGGCAGACGAGAGAGCGCAUCACUUGCUCGUAGCCGCCUUCGAAGCCGCGGCGCUGGCCGUCGAGGCACCUGUCGCGGAUAGCAGCGCGCAGAGCAGACCUCGCCACGCUACAGCGGGCUGGCCAGCAUCAGCAGCCUCAUGGCCCAUGCCGAUGUCGAGCCACAGCAGCAACCAGCCAUCAGUCAGAGCGGCGCACGAACCACCGCGCGCUGGCCAGUCGGCGGGCCACCCGCGCCGCGUCCCCGCCCAGACCCCAGCCCCAGCCCAAGCCCCAGCCCCAGCCCGAGCCCCAGCCCUAGCCUUCCUGGCCUCCGUCCCUCGGCCUGGGGAAGGAGCGCAGCAGCGGCCAGACGCUCGGCCUGGCCCGAUGACGGCUUUUCCGCCGCAGCCGGGCCAGCAGGCCUCUCGACCCUCGUUCGCCGGCCCUUCCUCGUCGCCAUCGACACCGCCUCUGGAGCUCCCACCGCGUCCGCUGCUCAUCCCAGCCCGCGCCUCUCUCGCCACACAACGCCACCCUAUUCGUUCAGCUCCGCAUCCGCCUCCUUCAUGCCCCACCACCACCACCAUCGUACUCACCACCAACAACAGCACCACCACCAGCGCUACCGACGAUACACCCACUACCACCGCGACUACCACCCAGGCAUCCGCCGGCGGCUGCUCGACGUCUACGACGGCUGCCGCGACCUCUUCGUGUUCCUCUUCUUCUUCCUCUGCUUCCUGCCCCUUGUCCGGGUCCGAUCGCGAGGCAUCCUCCCUCGCCGACGAAGAGGAGCUUGGGGAGGAGGAGACGACGACGAGUCUGAGUGAGGACGACGACGACGACGACGAGGACCUCUUCGACGACGAGUACCUCGAAGUGCCUUCGUCGGCUCGAAAGACUAGGGAGAGGACGAAUGGAUGGGAGUGGGUGCGGCGAAGCAGCGUCAGCCGCGAACACGCACGGGUAGGAACCACGCCGUCGACCAAAGUGCAGGCCAUCGCAACAAGAUCCAGGUCUGCUUCGGUCUCGGCGGCCAGGGCUUCGUCCUCGGUCACUGCAAACGCACAACAGAGCCAGAGCGCAGCGCCGGAUGGCUCGAGCAGGACGAGAACUCGGUCGGCCACCCUGGCCUCCCGUGGCGUCGCGAUCGCUGAGCCCUUGAUCCCGCCUCCGACGUCCAAGGCAGCCCCCACGACCGCCACGGCGACACCCGCAGGCUCCAAGGUCAAGCUGCCAUCGAAGUUCGCCCCGAUCCGUCUCCCUCUGCGACCUCCUAGCCGCUUCCACCGCAGCGAAACGCCACCGGCACCGCCAUCCUCGCUCCUGCGCGCCGCUCAGCGGAAGCGUAGCAUCAACGAGCGGGGCCGCGUCGCCAUGCGCAGGUCUGAUCCUAGGCCGUCCUCGGAGGACGGCGACGGCAGGGAGACGAGCUCCAGCAAGGGCAAAGCAAGGAGCCAGUCCGGCGACGACGACAACGAACGGAGGGCGCGUCGUGACGAGGAUCAGCGAGCAGGAGAGGAAGCAGAGGACACGGACGAGGAGAUCGAGGAAGACGAAGACGACGACGGAGCGUUUGUCGUCAACAAGCGAAAGUGCGCAAGGACCGAAGACGGCAGGGUCUGGACCGUCUCGCCGAACCUCAAUUUGGUCCUGCUCGAGCUGACGCCGUACGCCAGGGCAACGCUCUGCAAGAAGUGCAACCAACAGAUCCCGCCGUGCACCUACCGGAUCCAGAUCACGCACGGAGCCAACGAGCAGAAGACGCGGGGACCGCCGACGGGCGAGAGGCGCAAGUGGCACGUCUCGUGCUAUGAGUCCGAGUACGCGCUCGAGAACCCGAACCGGAUGCGGCUGUUUUUCCCGUCGUCCAACUUUGUCGACGACACGGCGCUCGAGCUCGUGGCCAACUGGUGCCGCGUCCGCAACGGCCUGCCGCCCCUCACCCGCCAGCAGAUGGCCUACGCCGCUUGGGGCGACGAGGCCGACUCCAAGGCCCACGCCAAGUGGUGGGAGGAGCCGGCGUGCUUUGUCUACACGAGCAACGUCCACCUCUCGCGCCACGGCGGCAAAAGGGUCAAGAAGAGCAGGAAGCUCAACGACAUCGACAUCUGCGAAGUGUCGAGCACCGAGACGCUGACGCAGCUGCUGCGCAGGAUCAAGAACGUGCCCAAGCGCUUCUCGCCGGGGCACCCACUGCGCAAGCUGAUGCCCGCCACGUCGCCCGUACCGGGCUUCCUCAGGCUGGGAGGCGUCACCGAGUUCGAUCAGUGGUACCGGGUAUGA